UGCUGUAUUCCACCGAUAGUAGAGAAACAGAGCCUACCUUGACAAAGCUCCUGAGGGGUAAACCACAGAAAAAAAUUAGGCUACAUAUUUUUAAUAAACCGAUGAAUGGGAUUUUCCUUCCCGCAGAAUCCUGAAGCUGGAGCAUACUGGAAAGGGGGCACAUUCCAAACUGAUGAACAGCCUUUUCUUUCAGUGAGACCCGAAGUAAAAAGACGCAGCAAUGACAUUCUACUGAGUCUGUGUUCUACUGCUGCCAUGGCGACCCUGGCCCCACCCUUCUUCCUGCUGUUUUGGCUCUUCCGAUUGGCCAGCGCUGCAUUUCCGGAGGAACCGGGGCCUCUGAACUUUAUACCCACUGAAGUGGUACGGCGGUACCCAGUGUUUCUGGGUCGGCCACAUCGUUCAUCCCUGAGACAGGAGCCACUGCAUAUUCAGAGAGUUCUCAAGGUGAACCGGACCCUCUACAUUGGAGCCAGAGGUCCAGCCGUCCCACCCACCCCCUUUACGAACAUGGCCGCCUCGCAGGACAUUCCAGUUGUGGUGUGUGCCCUCACAAAUGGAGGGGGGAGGGGUGAAACCAAGGAGUCACUCUGCCUUACGUCAAAGUCUGAGUCAGACUGUUGCCUUGAAAUGACAGGCCUGCUGCUGAUGAUCAGAGUCAAGCGUGGCUCACCCAAGAAGAGGGAGGACGAGUGUCGGAACUUCAUGAAGGUUUUGCUGAGUCGACAAGGAGGUCUGUUUGUCUGUGGGACCAACGCCUUCAAUCCGCUGUGUGCCAACUAUACUGGAGACACACUGGAGAUGGUGGGAGAGACGGUCAGUGGCAUGGCCCGCUGCCCCUAUGACCCUAAACACGCCAACGUGGCUCUGUUCGCCGAGGGGAAUCUGUUUACGGCCACUGUGACGGACUUCCUGGCGAUAGAUGCAGUGAUCUACCGUAGCCUGGGGGACAGUCCUGCACUCCGCACUGUCAAACAUGACUCAAAAUGGUUCAGAGAGCCCUACUUUGUCAGUUCAGUGGAAUGGGGUCCUCACAUCUACUUCUUCUUCAGAGAGAUGGCCGUGGAGUUUAACUACCUGGAGAAGGUACGAGACAAACUGGUACAGGUGUCUCGGGUGGCUCGGGUGUGUAAGGGGGACCUGGGUGGUUCUCAGAGGGUGUUGGAGAAGCAGUGGACGUCGUUCCUGAAGGCCAGACUGAACUGCUCCGUCCCUGGAGACUCCCACUUCUACUUCAACCUGCUCCAUUCCACCAGCCCUGUCAUCAGGAUGCACGGCAGGGACAUCAUCCUGGGAGUCUUCUCCACCCCCGCUAACAGUAUCCCUGGUUCAGCAGUGUGUGCCUUCGACAUGGAGCAGCUGGCUGGGGUGUUUGAUGGAAGAUUCAAGGAGCAAAAGUCACCUGAGUCUAUAUGGACCCCUGUUCCUGAUGAGCUCAUUCCCAAACCAAGGCCAGGAGGCUGUGCCAUCCAGGGCUCCAGGUUCAACUCAUCCAAUGGUUUCCCUGAUGAGAUGUUGAACUUUGUGAAGACCCACCCCUUGAUGGAUGAGGCUGUGCCCUCACUGGGACAGAGCCCCUGGAUUGUCAGGACCAUGGUCAGGUACCAGCUGAAUAAGAUGGUGAUGGACACAGAGGCUGGCCCCUACCGGAACCGAACGGUGCUCUUCCUGGGCUCCAGCCGGGGGACCAUCCUCAAGUUCCUGAUCGUCCCCAACUGGGACAACACUGUGUCCAGCAGCAAUGUCUUCCUGGAGGAGCUGGAGGGCUUCAACCCUGACAAGUGUGGGGAGGACACUCCGCAGGCGAGGCAUCUGUUGUCCCUGACUCUGGACCGGGUGAGCCGCUCUCUGCUGCUGGCCUUCCCCUCUUGUGUGGUCAGGGUCCCUGUGGCACGAUGCCAGCUCUACUCACGCUGUAUGAAGAACUGCAUCGCCUCCAGGGACCCCUACUGUGGUUGGACCAGGGGAAGCACCUGCUCUUUCCUCAGGCCCGGGACUAGACUGCCGUUUGAGCAAGACGUAGAACACGGCAACGUGUCCCACUUGGGCGACUGUGACGGUCUUCUUCAGGAGUCUUUCAUUGACGAACCAGACGGUCUGGUAUCCGUCAACCUGCUGGUCGUGUCUGCAGUCUCAGCCUUCACCACGGGGGCGGUGCUGUCUGGCCUGGCUGUCUGCUGGAUCAUGAGUCAUCGCCACCGCCACCGCACGCGAGGGGCAGGAGCCAACAAUAGGAGCCGUAAAGGGGACAAAGAGCAGAACAUGCUAGGUCAGGGGCGGAGUGGCUCGGUGAUGAGUGUGACCCGUACCAGUGGCAGCGAGAGGACCCGGUCACAUUCCCAGGCAGACAACCCGUUCGUAACGCCCAACGGCUGGCCUAAAGGAGAGAUAGACCCAGGCCUACCUACUCCAGAACAGACCCCCCUGCAGCAGAAACGGCCUCCACCCAGCAUGAGGCUCCCAGACGGAGACUGGGACCAGAGCCAGACCUUCCUCACCUCAGUGGGCAUGCCCUGCCCAGCCAACUCAGUCAUCUACCUGAGCUCCAAGUUCCUGCAGGAGAGAGGGGGCAGGCACGAAGACCCAGGGAACGUGGGGCCCCCCAACACGGAGCGAACACGUUACCUGGUCCUGGCCAACCACCGGGAGCCCCACGGAGGACAACCCAGGACCACCCUGAGGAACUCUGCAGGCGAGUACAACUAUCCAGCCACACCGCAGGACUCCCCAGACCGCAGGAGGGUGGUCUCAGCCCCCAGCAACCAGAUGGACUUUGGGGAGCCCCCCCGCUGGACCCAUGAGGGGCUCAACUAUAACAGCAACAACGGAGUGCCCUACCACUCCCAGCGCCCGGGCCUGAUCCGGGCCAACCACCACGGCCUGGCCGACUUCAAUCACCUGAUGGGAAAGAGUGUGGGCGAGCAUACCCAUAGUGGCCAGUGAGAAGAAGAGUGCCAUGAACCCCCCUCUCUGAAACCCAUUUCCCCUCAGCAACUGGAAUACCCCUCAGACUCUCCCGUCCCAAAUCCUGCCCUGUCUGUUCUCUCUCACUGUCAUUCAAUGUUCUGACAUCCCCUGGCGCGUAGCCUGCCUGCCUGACUGACUGACUGAAGAGACUGGGCCACCAGAAUCCAGCAGUUUAGAGAGAGAAAGAAAGAGAGAGAGUUAAAGAGAGGAGGUUAUUCUCCUCAUGGCUAUUGCUCUGCUCUCGCCCUGAGAGGUGCACCCCUCUGCUCCGUAAGUGGUUUAACCUGUGGAGCUGGGGCUGGACACAAUGAGAACAACCUCAAGGACUAGUAAUGGGUGCAAGGGAAGGAACAUUUUGUGAAAAAGGAAUUUAAAAAACAGACAACCGCUUCACUGAUAAUUUAGCAUUCAGCUUCAGUUGUGAAAGGUCUCCUUCUACUAUCUUGUGCUCUGCAAGUCAUUCAUGUUGUGUGACAUUUUUAUUUCUGCUUUGCUUUUGUGCCAGUAUCCAGGAGACAACCAUGUGUUUGUCCUUGGUUUUCAGGCCAACUCUAUCACUCAGCUCUAUCCGUCAGCUUGUGUUUGGUAGGUAUUAGCAAUGCCAGAGAACACUGAAUCACACAUUAAAGGAGAGGCUUCCUGUCUUAAUGUGAGCAUACGACAUACUGGAGCUUCUUAUAGGAAUAAGCUAGAUAAUGAUGUCAACGAUUAUUCCCAUUGUGUUAACAAUCAUGGGGGGGGGGCAAAAACCAGGAGGAGAUAAGAAGAUGGUACCUUCCCAUUUGAUUAAAAAAAUAAAGAAAGAAUCAUGUGUUUCCUUGGAAAAGUGGCGGGAACAAGGAAAGAGGGCAGAGAAUGGUAUGAGAACUCCCUCCCUCCCCCUCCCUCUCUCCUUCUCUGUCUCCCUCUCCCUGGGUCUGUGUGACCUGACCUGAAGCCUAGGCUGCCCAACCUGGUGGAGAGGAGAACACACAGCCCAUGUAGGGGAAUGUGAGCAUGGCUGUGGGAGAUAGCGGGUCCUGGACCCUGCCACUGGGGAGUUCCAUUCAGGCUCCUCUCCCUGACACUGAGUCUCUUUGUGCCCUGGAGCAGGAGGAGAUGGCUACAACAAAUAGCGGUUAAGAGUCAGGGCAGGCAGGACAAACCCAGCUUCCUAGCCCAGCGGAAUAUCAAUGAGGAAAGCAGCACCCCCCUGCCUGUCCCUCCGGCCCCCUCACAGACACUGGCACCGUUUGGGACUGGGGCUGGGACCAGGCAGGGUGGUGGGCCCACGGAUGGGCCGAUAGGGCUGGGACCAGGCAGGGUGUUGGGCCCAUGGAUGGGUCAUUAGGGCUGGGACCAGGCAGGGUGGUGGGCCCACAGAUGGGCCGAUAGGGCUGGGACCAGGCAGGGUGGUGGGCCCACAGAUGGGCCGAUAGGGCUGGGACCAGGCAGGGUGUUGGGCCCAUGGAUGGGUCAUUAGGGCUGGGACCAGGCAGGGUGGUGGGCCCACAGAUGGGUCGAUAGGGCUGGGACCAGGCAGGGUGUUGGGCCCAUGGAUGGGUAAUUAGGGCUGGGACCAGGCAGGGUGGUGGGCCCAUGGAUGGGUUGAUAGGGCUGGGGCUGAGACCAGGCAGGGUGGUGGGCCCACGGAUGGGUCGAUAGGGCUGGGACCAGGCAGGGUGGUGGGCCCACGGAUGGGUCGAUAGGUCUGGGGCUGGGACCAGGCAGGGUGGUGGGCCCACGGAUGGGUCGAUAGGGCUGGGACCAGGCAGGGUGUUGGGCCCACGGAUGGGUCGAUAGGGCUGGGCCUGUCAGACUGGCAUCAUUCAGACUGCUAUCACUAUAUCCCUGCCUUUCAGCGUCUCCCACUAGAUCUCUGGCCCGGCAGCCAUUAUCAAUCCCCAAACAUUUACAAAUCAGUGUUAACUGGAUCCCCGCGCUGGGCGCCGGGUGGCAACAUGCAUGGGAGCGCAUAGACUGGCUUCAUUAGUGGGUCUGUGGGCUGGGAGGAGCAGAGGAGUAGAGCAGGAGAGAGAUGUACUGAGGCUGGAGGGGCAUAGGAGGAGCAGGGGCUGGGCUUUGUAUGACUGGCAGAGAGAAACACAGCAGCACCAGCACAUGUAGAUAUGUACAGAGCUUAAAUACCGAGUUAUGCUGACCUGCAGGGGGAGCAGAUGGCGAGGAAACCUGGCCUGUAUAGAGCCAGCUGUGUGGUGGGCUGAGGAGAGGAGCCAGGCUGGGCGGUGGGUUUGUUUGUCUUAAUGUGAAGGGGUAACCCACUGAGGUAGAAUACUAAACGAGAUUAAUGUAGUGUAAGCACAUGAUCUAGCUGGGUAGAAAUGCCAACACAUGGCUGGGUUCAGGGAAACAGCUCAACAACUGAACGAGUGUGUGCGUGUGUGUUUGAGUGUGUGUGUCUGUGCGUGUGUGCUUGAGUGCGUGGGUGUUUGUUUCUGUACUUGUAUUACAGUAGUAAUGAGUGUUGCCAUGAAUGAGUAAUGUAGUGGGCUGGGGAGAGGGGGGGUUAUAGCAUUAGCACAGUGAAGACAUUCUUUACAUAUUCCAUACUAUAGUCCUCCUCCUCCGAUCUCCAUUGUAGCCCUGAGAGGAGUGUUGGUUGAGAAUAUGGGGCCUUGACGAAGUUUUGACCCCCUGUUGCCCCCUCUCCUCUCUGUCACCCCGCUAGUGGCAUCCCCUAAGUGCAGUGUGUGAUUGAGGCCUGCUCUGCCUGCCCAGCCAGCCGUGCUCCAGCUCCCUCUCUUACACUGUUUCACUAAACAUGCUUGAUUAGGCAAAGUACAUCCCAUCCCCUAAUGGUGUGAUGAGCCCCUGAGAAGAUUACUACAGACACAUCGAGAGGGAGACGAGCACCCACUCUCCUCCCCAGAAAUCACCCCUGCAUACACACACACUCGCACGCGCACACGCACACACACACACACACACAUAUACACACAGCACCCUAACCAAAUUCAGGAUGUAAUUUAAUUACGAUCCGCUGUCAUCCCCAGGCCAGGGAGGAGGGAGGCCAGACUUGUGGCUCAGACCCAGAGAUGUUCUCUUUGGAAGAGCCACAUGAUAAUAUGAUUAUCUUAGUCCCCCAUGACUAUAUAUUAAAGAAUCUAGGGUUCCCCUUUAUACAACGCUUCAGGCUUGCACACAGACGGACACAAACAUACACACACACAUGUUUCACACACACAAUCAGCCUCUUCUUCUCUACCACAUGAUGUAUAAUCAUGCUGUGUCCCUCUGCUGUUUAGCUGCUACAAUCAAACAGAGGCAGUUUUUAAUGUGUCAACACCAGAAUGAGAAAUCUGGGUAAUUUACUGUGAAGCGCUCCAAAAUCUUUGCUCUUUGAAAAUCAGAUUUGAAAUGUUUUAACCGUUUUUUCAUACAUUAGCAAUCCUCUGAUGCAGUAAAUUGUUUUCUUUGGCAGCCAUUUCUUUCUGCUGGGAGAUUUUUGUUUGGUUCUGUUUGAUAUGUAGCUCCCAAGUGUCGC